AUCUUUUCUCCAUCUUCUUUCUAAUCAUGGCUGCUUCCACUUCCGACGUUGACGUUGAAGCUCAACAUAUCGAAACUUACGAACCAAGAGAUGCCGUUAAUCAAGGCUCUGCUUUAAAGAAUCACGGAAUCGCCAUUUUGGGUGAAUUCUUUGGUACUUUUAUCUUUUUGUGGACUGCCUUUGUCAUUGCCCAAAUUGCCAACCAGGAUCCUACCAUUCCAACCGUGGGUUCCAACCCAAGCCAAUUGAUUAUGAUUUCGUUUGGUUUUGGUUUCGGAGUCAUGGUGGGGGUAUUUAUGUUUUUCAGAGUGUCUGGUGGUAACUUGAACCCAGCCGUCACCUUGACCUUGGUGUUGGCCCAGGCGGUUCCUCCAGUGAGAGGAGCAUUGAUGAUGAUUUCUCAGAUGGUUGCCGGUAUGGCAGCUGCUGGAGCUGCAUCGGCCAUGACCCCUGGUGAAAUUGCCUUUACCAAUGGAUUGGGAGGAGGUGCCUCUAGAACCAGAGGAGUGUUUUUGGAAGCUUUUGGUACUUGUAUUUUGUGUUUGACCGUGUUGUUGUUGGCGGUUGAAAAGCAUAAGGCCACCUUUGUGGCUCCAUUUGUCAUUGGUAUUGCCUUGUUUUUGGGUCACUUGAUCUGUGUGUACUAUACCGGUGCUGGUUUGAACCCCGCUAGAUCCUUCGGCCCAUGUGUGGCCGCCAGGUCUUUCCCAGACUACCACUGGAUUUACUGGGUGGGUCCCGUGUUGGGAUCCGUCAUUGCCUUUGCCAUUUGGAAGGUGUUGAAGCUUUUGAACUACGAAACCUGUAACCCAGGUCAAGAUGCCGAUGCUUAAGGUGUUUAUAGAAUCUUAAUAAUUAAUAAUAACUGCUUAUAAAGACUGA